CGAGUGCUCUUUCCAAGACUCCUCAGACCGGGACUACUGAAAUUUAUAGUAAUUUUUGUUGUGGUGACUGUUCAACCUGUGCAAUUUAUACAGAAAACGCAAGAUGAAGCUCCACAUUCGAGGACACAAAUCGUACUUCAUCGAGUGCGGGGAAAACGAAACUAUGGCCGAUAUCAAAGUAAAACUAAGAGAAUUAGAGGGUGACAUUAUGGAACUAAAUUGGAAUGGAAUCCCAGUAAAUGACCAAAUCCGCGUCAACGGGCUACCGACACCUACCUUGGACUUGUAUUUAAAUCUUCAUGGUAGCAAGGUUCAUGCUUCUCUGGCUCGCGCUGGCAAAGUCAGAGCCCAAACACCAAAAGUGGAGAAACAAGAGAAAAAGAAAAAGAAGACAGGCCGUGCGAAGAAACGCGUACAAUUCAUUAGGGUCCCAGCCAACAUCUUAUAA